AUGACCCAGUCCCCUAAGCGUUCUCACCCCAUUUCUGGUUCCUCUGGUCACAGCACAAAUUUCCAGCUGAAAGGGGAAUGGAGACUGUGGGACCUAGGAGCAAGAGGUUACAGGCUGCCUCACUCCCUUAACAUCGACAUUGACAGGGGGAAAAGCCUCCACUUUCCCCUUGAGCGCAAAACUUUGACAGUAUCUCUGGGUGACAAUGAGAGAAUUGGUUUGUUAAAAGAAUAUUGGCAGAGAAACAGCCCUGGUGGUCCAGCAGGAGCGAAGAAGAACAGGAAAACAAAUGGCAGUGUCCCUGAGACAGCCACUUCUGGUGGUUGCCACUCACCUGUGGAUUCAGCAACAGGUAUCGACGGAGAGGGCCCUACGUCAUCUGCACCCCUCAAGGAUCUGGAGAGCCCGUGCCAAGAACUACCAGCAGCCCUGGACUCGAGGUCCGUCAAAAUCAAUCAACUGAAUAACAUCAUCAAAUCUUUGGAACAACAGAAGAAGCAAGUGGAACAUCAGCUGGAAGAAGUAAUGUGA